CAAGGGGACGAGGGUGGGCAGCGUGGACCUGUGAGGCCUGUGGGUGCCCGCAUCCUCCAGAUCCCCCCCGCAGCCGACUCCGCAGUGGUCUGCUCCGGUUGCCUAGUGCAGAUUUGCAUUCCAAACGGAAGGCUGCGGAUUCUCUGCCCGUUAUUGUGGCCCCGACAGGCCGUGGUUACUUUGGCCACCGCCAGAGCAGCCUUGGCGCUAUGGAGGAGCCCGGGGCUACCCCUCAGCCUUACUGGGGGCUGCUCCUGGAGGAGCCACGCAGGGUUGUGGCAGCACUGCCUGAAGACAGGAGACCAGAUUCGACUCCUUAUGGUUUUCCAUGGGAAUUGGUGAUAUGUGCAGCUGUCGUUGGAUUUUUUGCUGCUCCCUUUUUCUUGUGGAGAAGUUUUAGAUCGGUUAGGAGUCGGCUUUAUGCGGGAAGAGAGAAAAAGCUUGCUGAAACGCUUUCUGGACUAAUUGAAGAAAAAUGUAGAUUACUUGAAAAGUUUAGCCUUGUUCAAAAAGAGUAUGAAGCCUAUGAAGUAGAGUCAUCUUUAGAGGAUGCCAGCUCUGAGGAGGAGGCAACAGAAGCACAAAGUUUGGAGGCCACCUGUGAAAAGCUGAACCGGUCCAAUUCUGAACUUGAGCAUGAAAUACUCUGUCUAGAAAAAGAGUUAAAAGAAGAGAAAUCUAAACAUUCUGAACAAGAUGAAUUGAUGGCGGAUAUUUCCAAAAGGAUACAGUCUCUAGAAGAUGAGUCAAAAUCCCUCAAAUCCCAAGUAGCUGAAGCCAAAAUGAUCUUGAAGAGAUUUCAAAUGAAUGAAGAACAACUGAAGAUAGCAAUACAAGAUGCUUUGAAUGAAAAUUGUCAACUUCAGGAAAGCCAAAAACAGCUUUUGCAAGAAGCCGAAGUAUGGAAAGAACAAGUGAGUGAACUUAAUAAACAGAAAAUAACAUUUGAAGACUCCAAAGUACACGCAGAACAAGUUCUAAAUGAUAAAGAAAAUCACAUUGGGACUCUGACUGAACGCUUGCGAAAGAUGAAAGAUUGGGCUGCUAUACUGGAAGAAGACAUAACAGAUGAUGGUAACUUGGAAUUAGAAAUGAACAGUGAAUCAGAAGGUGGUGCUUACUUAGAUAAUCCUCCGAAAGGAGCUUUGAAGAAACUGAUUCAUGCAGCUAAGUUAAAUACUUCGUUAACAACCUUAGAAGGAGAAAGAAACGAACUUUAUAUUCAGUUAUCUGAAGUUGAUGAAACCAAGAAGGAGCUCAGAGGGCGUAUUAAAAACCUUCAGACGGAACAAGCAUCUUUGCAGUCGGAAAACACACAGUUUGAAAGUGAGAAUCAGAAACUUCAACAGAAAGUUAAAGUAAUGACUGAAUUAUAUCAAGAAAAUGCAAUGAAACUCUACAGAAAAUUAGUAGUAGAGGAAAAUAACCGGUCAGAGAAUGAGAAACUUUCUAAAGUAGACGAAACGAUCAGCCAUGGCACUGGAGAGCUGGAGACCUGCAAAAAGCGAGCCAAAGAUCUGGAAGAACAAUUUGAGAGAGUUCUUCAUUUUUAUCAAGGGAAGAUUAUUUCCUAUAAGAAAAAAGUAGAUGGUAAUUGUUUGGCAGCUUGGAUUGCUGAAGGAAACCUCAAUGAUUUAAGGAAAGAAAAUGCUCACAACAGACAAAAAUUAGCUGAAACAGAGUUUAAAAUUAAUCUUUUAGAAAAAGAUCCUUAUGCGCUUGAUGUUCCAAAUACAGCAUUUGGCAGACAGCAUUCCUCAUAUGGUCCCUCUCCACUGGGUCGGCCUUCAUCUGAAACGAGAGCUUUUCUCUAUCCUCCAACUUUGUCGGAGGGUCCACUGAGACUCUCACCUUCGCUUCCAGGGGGAGGAGGAAGAGGCCCAAGAGGCCCAGGGAACCCCCUGGACCAUCAGAUUGCCAAUGAAAGAGGAGAAUCAAGCUGUGAGAGGUUAACCAGUCCUCGCAGGGCUCCUUCUGACACUGGGCCCCUGUCGCCUCCGUGGGAACAGGACCGUAGGAUGAUGUUUCCUCCACCAGGACAGUCAUAUCCUGAUUCAGCUCUUCCUCCACAAAGGCAAGACACAUUUUAUUCUAAUUCUGCUAGACGCUCUGGACCAGCAGAACUCGGAAGUUUUAAUAUGCCUUCUUCGGAUAAAAUGGAUGGGUCAAUGCCUUCAGAAAUGGAAUCCAGUAGAAAUGAUACCAAAGAUAAUCUUGGUAAUUUAAAUGUGUCUGAUUCAUCUCUCCCCGCUGAAAAUGAAGCAACUGGCCUGGGCUUUGUUCCUCCAGCUCUCGCUCCAAUCAGAGGUCCAUUGUUGCCAGUGGAUAUGAGGGGCCCGUUCACGAGAAGAGGACCUCCUUUCCCUCCACCUCCUCCAGGAACCAUGUUUGGAGCUUCUCCAGAUUAUUUUCCACCAAGGGAUUUCCCAGGUCCACCAAGGGAUGUCCCAGGUACACCACGUGCUCCAUUUGCAAUGAGAAAUGUCUAUCCACCGAGGGGUUUUCCUCCUUACCUUACCCCAAGACCUGGAUUUUGCCCCCCCCACCCCCACAUUCUGAAGAUAAGCGAGUUCCCUUCAGGGUUGAGUCUGCCUUCAAAUGAGCCUGCUACUGAAGAUCCAGAACCACGGCAAGAAAACUGACAAUAUUUUUGCUCUCUUCAAAAGUCAUUUUGACUGUUCUCAUUUUCAGUUGAAGUAAAUGCUGUUACUUCAAUGAUUACACUUUGCUCAAAUUGAAACUUAAUGGAAUUAUAAUUCUCAGGAUAGUAUUUUGUAAAUAAGGAUGAUUUAAAUAUGAAUUUUAUGAGUAAAUUAUUUCCAUUUUAUUUUAUUCUAGAUAAUAUAACUAUUUUAACUUGAUUAAUCCACUAUUAUCUAAACAAUAGUGGGAGCUUUAUAUAUGUAAUCUUGCAGGUGGGGGGGUUUUAAAUUCUAAAGGCCUUGUCCUUAUGCCAAGAACUGUAUUUACUGUAGUUGUAGACAAAUAUGAAAGUAACUUGAUGCUUAAUUAAAUAAAUUUCAGUUGAUUUAAAAAUAUAUAUAGGUUGCAUUAUUCUUCAGGUAUGGAGAGACCGACAGAUCAAGUGUCGAUUGCCACUGAAAAGAUUGAUUGUUACUCACAGAUCCCAAGAGAAGGGAAAGUGCUGUGCCAUGCAGCACCAUAUAGGGAGGCACUAUGGUCAGCGAGAAGGCAGGAGUGAUGGAAAAACAUGGGCAGAGCCUUUUUUUUGGAAACCACAUGGUGGUUUCCACGGGAAGGAGUGAGUGAGGCAAGGUGAGCAGGGUUAAGAUUAGCUAUUAAGUUUGAGUGAUUUCAGCAGGCUCUGGGUAUAGGGGCUGUCCCUAGUUGUCUGGUACCCCGCCCUGGGGUGCUUAGGGCAGAGGAACAGUGGCCUAGAGUGUGUGAGUCCUGUGGAAGUCUGAUGGAGUACGUAGCUGGGGGCAUGAGCUCUGGACUGGUUGGUUUGUGUUUGAAAAGCACACUCAUGGGCAAGUUUACUGUCUGUAGGAAUUGGCUAACCCUGAGAGGGACAGACCUGCCUAGGUCACCAAGACCCUAGAUGUCGAAGCGUCAGAAUACAUAAAAAGACGUGGUUAAUAUGGUAUCAGAGCCUCUGUCUUCAUGUGGCCUCUCAUGAAGGGCUCUAGAGUGAGCUCCCUUAAGGGAUGUCAAAGGCUGUUCAAGACAGCAGAAGCCACAAGGCCAUGUAAAGCCUCAGCUUGGAAGUUACGCAACAUCACUUCUGCUGCAUCCCUUGGGUCAAAGCAAGUCACAGAUGCACCCCAGAUCCCUGCUCACGUCGAGAGGAGAGAGGAACAUUAACCAUGUGGGAGGGGAGGGUCAUUACAGUUGUUUUGGCAAACAACCUGCUACAGAAAGUGUGGCUUCAGAGCACUGCGGAGGCCUUUCUGAACAGACCAGAUCCAAUAGGAAGAGCAGAAAGAAGCUGGGUUCCAGCUCGUUUGUCUUUGCUAGUGUGGAGUCAGGGUAUAGCUUCCCUUUCACUGUUGGUCCCCAGCAUCAGGGGUCAGUUGGGUGUUUGCCCAGGAGCCUGCAGGGACUGUUUGUACUUUUAGAGGAGGGUUGGCAUGGCUUUGGGUUGCUGUCUCCGAAACUGCCCCAGGGCCUGGGAUCCCAGGGAGUGGCUGCCUGGGCUGGCAGGGAGCCCAGGCCUGUUUGCAAACUGUUUGAAUGCCUCAGGGUCACGGUCUCUCAUGGGCAUAUUAUUUUCUUAUCAGGAGUUAAAAUAACUCUAGAACUUCUCCCAUAGAAAUGCAGAUGCUUUAUUUUAAUGAAAGUACCGUUUGUAAAGCAUAUGGAAUUAGGCCAGUAACAACCAACAUUUACUCCACACUUUAGGGCCCAUGAGGCACUUUCUCAUAUGUUCUUCCUUGUUCUCGCAGUCACCUGUGGUUAGGCCUCAUUGUCCUAGUUUUUCAUAUGAGAACACUGAAGCUCUAGGAGGGCUCAGAAUUGGCUUGGGGCCUUAGGAGUUGCCCUGGGCUCAAGGGUGGAGCUAUGGGAGCCCUACAAGGCUGCCCUGUUUCAUGCAUCACUUCAGUGAAUCCCCUCUCUCCCCCAUACCUGCUCAUUCUGUGUGGCUGCACUCAUUAGAUUAUUUCACCCUUUGAAUUAGAUGCCUCAGGGAGUCCCCUGAGCGGGCUAAGUUAACCUUUGCAGGGGGUACUGACACCCCCAGGUAUAGCCCAGCCCUGCAUGCUGCUUUUUGCUUCAGGGACCCCAGCCUGGUCCACUAUUUGCUGGGAGAAGAUUUCAGUCCCUCCAGAACACACAGCCUUUGAGGAGCCACAGCUCCCAGAGCCCGAGCCCCAAGUCACCACUGGGUGCAGUGCACACUCAUCUGCUGUGCAGUGGUGGAGCUUCAUCCUGGUGAGUCAUUAGUUCUGCGUCUACAGGUGUCUCAGCGAGACGCCUACCUGUCUGCUUCACAGCCCCAGGUGAAGCCGUCAUUCUCAAUCCGACUGGGGAAGAGAAGGCGGCAUCACAGCUGAGUUCCUCUCCAACAUAGAACCACGGGGCAUUGUCCUCAGACACACGCUAAUAUGAACCGAGACUAAUGAGGCAGAACCUCUCAAAAUAGCAUUCUGUUUCUUUGGAAACCAAGGUGUAGUUUUUUAAAUGCCACGUGGCCCUCGAUCACAUUUUGCACUUCCUAGCACUUAUUCUACCAUUUUUACAGGGACCUGUAGCAGGCAGAGGGGCUCAGGGCAGCUUCCCUGCAGGAUUCCACUCCCUGCUUGGGUCGACCCCACUGCUGCAAGGGAGGACUUGCUCCUCACCUCCCUGCUCUCUGGGUGUUUCCUUUGUGAAGGGAGGGACCUGGCCUGCUAGAAAACAUCUCAAAGCCCUGUCAAAGAGGAACUCCAGCUUCCCUUAGGAUGCUCUGAAGAAGGUGCUCUCCAAAUGAGAGAGCCUCAGGAGGGCAGUGGCACCUCCCUGACUGGGUGAGUCAGGUGCGGCUCUAGCCAAGGUGAGUGGGGCCUGCUGUGUCCGAGGUGGUGACAGCAGGCACUGAGACUGCUCCAGAAUCAUGGCUGUCUGAGGUUGUUGCUCUGAAGUCCUGCCUCCGGGCCCUCGUCCAGUGUCGUGACAGCUCUUUUCUCUGGAAGAGGACAGUCUCUCUCCCUGCACGAACUGCUUUCAGCCUGACAUUUCUUCUCCUGCUUAGGGCCGUUCUCUGUGGACUGCGUCAUGGUGUCUGCUGUUUUUCUUAGCUCAGUACUUCUCAACAAGGGUGCUUUUGACCUCCCACGGGGGCAUUUGGUAAUGUCCAGAGAUAUUUUACACAGUAACUACUGGAGGUGUGCUACUGGCAUCGAGUGGAGGCCAGGGAUGCUGCUAAACACCCCACAACACGCAGGACAGAUCCCCGCACACCCCCACAGCAAUUCUCUAUUCCAAAAUGUAGUACUAAUUAGGUUAAGAAACCCUGCUAAUGGUGAUGUUCCCCUACCUGGUAAAUAAAAUUCAAGGUUCUCAGCCUCCAGAUCAGUACAAAAUGGAUGUUUCUUGACUGAAAUGCUUGGAGCCAGAAGUGUUUUAAAUUUAGGAUUUUGGAAAAUUUGCAUUAUAUUUACUGGUUGAGCAUUCCCAAUCUGAAAAUCUGAAAUCGGAAAUGCUCCAAUGAGCAUUUCCUUUGAGCAUCAUGUUGAUACUCAAAAAGAUGCAGAAUUUGGAGUAUUUCAGAUUUUUGGAUUGUUCAACCUGUACUUUCACAGUAUCUUGAAAACAGACCAUGCUUAUCUUUUCUCUUUUGAUCUAGAGCCUCCUUCUUUUCCACGUCCAUACCGUGAAUUCCUAUUCAAGCCCAGAGAAAAGUAUUCAUUACUACUAUGCAUUGGCUACUGAAGGCCAGGUGAUGUUUUCCCAGAUCUAACUAAUCAUGAUCAUGAUCAUCAUUAUCAUCAUCAUCAUCAUCAACAAUUACCUUGGGGUCAUCAUCAGAAUUGCAUAUAAGCCAGUCACCAAGCAGUCGUCAGUCAUCUGCCUUUAGCCCAGUGCUACCUGAAUUCAGUUUCUGUCAUCAUGUAUUUCUUAAUUUCAAAAUAGGCAGCAGCAUUAAAUCUGGUCCAUGGGCUCAUUAACAUCAUCAUCGUCAUCAUCAUCACCACCACCACCACCACCGCCAUCA